GGUCCGGGCGCUGGUCUACGGCCACCACGGGCACCCGGCCAAGGUCGUCGAGCAUAAAAUCAGAAUAAUAGUAGAAAGCUGGCAUGGAAAGCACUUAGAAGAGUAACUCACUGACUGAAGAACCUGGAGCUAGCUGCUGUGGGCGGAUCAGACGUCCAUGUGAAGAUGCUGGCGGCCCCUAUCAAUCCAUCUGACAUAAAUAUGAUCCAAGGUAAUUACGGCCUCCUUCCCCAGCUGCCUGCUGUCGGAGGGAACGAAGGUGUCGGACAGGUGGUAGCAGUGGGCAGCAACGUGACUGGGGUGAAGCCAGGAGACUGGGUGAUUCCAGCAACUGCUGGUUUGGGAACCUGGCGGACCGAGGCCGUGUUCAGCGAGGAAGCACUGAUCGGAGUUCCAAGUGACAUCCCUCUUCAGAGCGCUGCCACCCUGGGUGUCAAUCCCUGCACAGCCUAUAGGAUGCUGAAGGACUUUGAGCAGCUGCAGCCAGGAGAUUCCGUCAUCCAGAAUGCAUCCAACAGUGGUGUGGGGCAAGCAGUCAUCCAGAUCGCCGCAGCCCUGGGCCUGAGGACCAUCAAUGUGGUCCGAGACAGACCUGACCUCCAGAAGCUGACCGACAGACUGAAGAACCUGGGGGCCGAGCAUGUGAUCACAGAAGAGGAGCUGAGGACACAUGAGAUGAAAAACGUCUUUAAGGACAUGCCUCAGCCACGGCUCGCUCUCAACUGUGUCGGCGGGAAAAGCUCCACAGAGCUGCUGCGGCACUUAGCACCUGGAGGAACCAUGGUGACCUAUGGAGGGAUGGCCAAGCAGCCUGUCAUCGCUUCUGUGAGCCAGCUCAUUUUUAAGGAUCUCAAACUUCGGGGCUUUUGGUUGUCCCAGUGGAAGAAGGACCAUAGUCCAGGCCCUGCUGCUGCUGCACCCCUGUCUGACUUCCUCCAACCUCCCACAGACCAGUUCAAGGAGCUGAUCCUCACUCUGUGCGAUCUCAUCCACCGAGGCCAGCUCGCGGCUCCCGCCUGCUCCGAGGUCCCACUGCAGGACUACCAGUGUGCCUUGGAAACCUCCAUGCAGCCCUUCUUGUCUACAAAACAGAUUCUCACCAUGUGAUAAUCCCAGAGGAGCCAGGGCGAAGUGGGAAGGGAUGUGGAUCAACAGGACUGGUUUGGGCCCCUUAGUGUGGGCCCUCAACCUUCCCGGCUGCCCCUCUCCUCACUGUCACUUCCCACUAGGAGAGCUGUGAAGCCAGCCAAGGCUUUCCCCAGGGCCGGCCUCGGGGUAUCUAAUAAAGUCUGAACUUCCUGAAAACAAACAAA